AUGACCGACUGCGGUCGUGGCACUAGCAUAAACGAGUCGUCUCAUAAUUUAGAAGCCGCUGUAAUUCACAGGAUAAGAAUUACAUUAACAUCUCGAAAUGUAAGAAGUUUAGAAAAGGUUUGCACCGAUUUAAUUAACGGUGCUAAAAAACAACGUUUAAAAGUUAAGGGACCCGUUAGAAUGCCCACCAAGAUUUUACGUAUCACAACAAGAAAAACUCCUUGUGGAGAAGGGUCUAAAACGUGGGAUCGUUUUCAAAUGAGAAUUCAUAAAAGAGUUAUAGAUCUUCAUUCUCCAUCUGAAAUUGUCAAACAGAUAACUUCUAUCAAUAUUGAACCGGGAGUUGAAGUUGAAGUGACAAUUGCAGAUGCUUAA